CUGCUACAUAAAGAAGAAUGGAUCCAUCUAUGAACAAAGCAGGAGUCUUCACCGAUCACUGCUGGAUAUAAACUCAUCAUCUAUGCAGAUGUUGACCAUCUCUGUGCUCCUGCUGCAGUUCCUCCUCUUCUUUCAUCCUGUGUCCUCCUCUCCCCUUUCCAAGGAUGAGUCGGUGUGUGCCAGGACUUUCUGCGGCGCAGGUAGAGAGUGUGUAUCGACUGACCGAGGAGAACCAGUCUGUCGCUGUUUACAGCAGUGUGACUUGUCAGAGCGCUGGGUGUGUGGCAGCAACGGAAAAUCCUACAGGAAUCACUGUGAACUGCACAGAGACGCCUGCAUCACUCAGACCAAGAUACACGUGGAGCACAGAGGACACUGUCUGGAAAAACCAACAAAGGCCGAUGUGAGCCCCAUCGUGUGUUUCCUAUCUGAUCGUGAUUGGAUGAGAGAGAGAGUGAUCCAGUGGAUUCAGAAAGAAGCUGAAGAUCUGGCCUCAAACAGAUCAGCCGGUGACCUCCUUCAGACAUAUUUUCAGACGUUUGAUGAUGGGGAUUCACAGCUUGAUUCGAAUGAAUUUCUGCGAUUCCUGAAGCACAAUGAGACGGCACUCAACAUCACAUACUCAGAUACUCUGCAGACUAACCUGCUGCUGAGAUCUCUGUGUGUCGAUGCUUUGAUAGAGCUGUCGGAUGAAAAUGCUGACUGGAAGCUGAGUUUAACUGAGUUCAUCAACUGUCUUACGCCCACCUACCACCCACCUGAGAGAAAGUGUGCUCUGAAGGACGAGGUCUUUGAGGAUGGAGCUGAAACUCAGAUGGAGUGCAACAAGUGUGUGUGCGCCUGUGGAAACUGGGUGUGCACCGCUCUGACCUGCAAUGGAGAGCAUCAGGUUGAUGAAGAUACUGAUGAAGGAGGAGAAGAUGAAGAAAUGACAGAAGAAGAGUGGAGCAGGAGGGUGGCUGAACUCAGUGCUUUACAGGCAUCUGUCACCAUGGAGAACUGAGGUCCUGAGUCGCAACAGCCAAUCAGCAACUGAGUGGCCUUCCGCUCCAAACAUGAGGAACAGGUUUAGUUUAAAUAGCUGUUGUUAUUAUUCUUAUAAAUGAUUCAACACAUUUUAUUUAUGUGAACUGUUAAAUCACUUCUAAACAAUAUUCUACCUCUUAUUUUGCUUUCUGUUUUUAAUACACUCAAGUAUGUUGCUAACACACAACUAGUUAAAAAAAACUGUUUUUAAUUUGUUAUUGAUUGCUUUAUACUUUUAAAGAAUGGCAUUAUAUUUUCUGGCUUUUGAAGAGCUCAGUGCACGUUUUGUUUGUUUGUUUGUUUUUUUCAUUUUUUGAGUGAUAACUGUCUUAACUUUGAUUUCCCUCCGUAUUAAUGAACAAGUAUUAUAAAAUCUAAUUUCUUAUGAUCAGUGAAACAAACAAACAGCUGUUUGUUUUCUUGGGGUUUGUAAUGAGAUGCUACUUUAACUAUUUUGAUAGUGAAAGCUACUCUUUUUAUACCAUUGUUUGUCUAAUAAAAAUGGG